UGCCAGGCCCGGUCCUGGUCCGGUUCGGUUGGCUCCAUCCCGGUUUUCCCCCUAAGCUCCCAGCAUGGCGCUGCUGCGGGCAGCCGCGCUCCCCGCCGAGGGUUCCCCGCCCCCGGCCUGGCUGCCCACACACGUCCAGGUGACGGUGGUUCGGGCCCGCGGGCUGCGGUGCAAAAGCGGCGGCGGCGGCAGAACCGGUACCAGCGACGCUUACACCAUCAUCCAACUGGGCCGGGAGAAGUACAGCACCUCGGUGGCCGAGAAGAGCAGCGGGAACCCCGAAUGGCGGGAGGAAUGCGCCUUCGAGCUGCCCCCCGAACUCGGAACCGCGGCCGGGCUGGUGCUCACCGUCAUGCACCGGGCCCUGGUGGGAAUGGACCGGUUCCUGGGCCAGGCCCUGGUACCGCUGGAACCCGCCCUGCAGCGGGGACGUGAGCCCGACGAGCGGUGGCACAAGCUCCACUCCAAAGCCGGGAAGAAGGAGAAGGAGCGUGGUGAGAUCCUGGUGAGCAUUCAGUUCACCAGGCACAGCCUGACCGCCAGCAUGUUCGACCUCUCCAUGAAGGACAAACCCCGCUCACCCUUUGGCAAGCUGAAGGACAAGGUGAAAGGCAAGAAGAAAUACGACUUGGAGUCAGCUUCUGCCAUCAUCCCCAGCAGCAUGGGGGCCCUGGAUGUGGAGGAUGACUACGAGCUGGGGGGCAAGAAGUCCAAGGUCAAAGGCUUCUUCCUGAAGAGCAAACUCCGUAAAUCCUCCCUGACUCAAUCCAACACCUCCCUGGGCUCUGACAGCACCAUCUCCUCUGCCAGCCUCAGCUUGGCUGCAAAUGUCCCUGAGGUAACCAGAUCCCCCAGCAGACACAGCAGCCUGUCCACAGAACGUUCUGUGAAGGAUCACCUCUCCUCUCCCAAGCUGACCCACAAGAGAGCUUUCAGUGAUGAUGUCUCCCAAGUCAGCCCCGUCCUGGAGCCCAAAGCAAUCCAAAACCUGAAGCCAAAGAAUGACCCCGUGUCCAGAUCUUCCCUCUGCAUCAACGGGAGCCACGUUUACAGUGAUGAACCUGCCCCAAAGAGCCCCAUCUCCUCCACCCCCCAGAGCUCAGCACCUCUGCCCCUGCCCAGCAUCCCCAGGAGGCAGGAGGAAGGGUUUGGCUUCACCCCCCUCCAUCCCGACUCCCAGGAGGUUCCUUGGGGGCUCAGUAGCAUGGAGAGGAUGCAGCAGAGAGAGGAGCCCAGGUUCAUCCCAUCUCCUCCCAGUUUGGCUUUGCAGGAGGAGCUGAAGGUCUCCACCAGAGCUGUCACCCUCAGCAACCACCUGGGCAGAGCCAGGAUGGAAGAGCAAGGUCGCUUGGAGAACAAACCCAGCCAAGCUGCAACACCCCUGGUGUCCUCCACGGAACCCCCCAAGGACAAGGAGCCCGAGGAGAUGAGGAAGGAGGAGAAGAAAGCCAAGGGAGGGCUCUUCCACCACGGGGGCACCAAGGGAGAGGUGGGGAGCAAAGCCCCCGGGGAGAAGGUGGGACCCUCCCUCCACACCACGGCUGGGGGAGAGGAGAGGAGUAAAACCAGUGGCUGGUUCGGGUCAAAGGAGCCCAAAGAGUCCCCUCAGAAACCCAGUUUCCUGUCUGGGCCACGUGCUCCAACCGAGGUCGCUGGGAACUUUUAUUCCUCUGAGGAUUGCAGUCCCUCUGCCUCCCUAAGGCACAAAGACCCCAGGAGAGAUUCUCCAACCCAAAGCGUUGGUGUCCCCGUUCCAGAAACAACUCCCCCAGCAGAAAAUCUUCCUCCUCUGGAUGAGAAACCCACUGUCCCCCCUCCCCUCUCGGAGUGGGACGACACCUUCGAUGCCUUUGCCACCAGCAGGCUCAAACCAGAGCUGAAGAAGGAGAAUUUCUUUGCCUCGGUGGUGGCAGAGGGCAUGGCUUUCAUCGAUGAUCCCGAUGCUGCCAGCCCCGUGGAAAGGUCACCCGAGCCUCCUGAGGAGAAGGGGGUGAAAGGGUUUGAGAAACCUGACUCAAAUCUGGGCAGUGAAAUUCCUGCAGCUCUAAGGUCCUGGACCAAUUUCUCCGGUUUGGAUGUGGGAGCCAACCUGGUGAGCACCACCCAAGAAGCGACGGUGAUCGAGGAUGUGCUGAGCCCGGGGUCUGUGGGCAGGAGGAGGAAAAGCAGCACUCCUACGGUUUGGACAUCUGCCUUUGCCUCGGGAAAUCCGGGGGAAAAAGAGGCUUCCACACCACCAACCUCUGAGAAGAGUCUCAGGGAGGAAGGGGACAGCAACGAGGAGGAACCUUCCAGUGCAGGGACCAACGGGUGGAUGACCAUUGCCACCGAAACAGCUCCUGAGCUGCCAGAGAGCACCCAAAACGUGGCUGAGGAGGAGGAGGAGGAGGCUCAGGAGAGGAGGUUCAGCCCCCAGCCAGCCCUGCUGGCCCAUGGCACCCUGGAAGCCCGCACCGUGGUGGCCGUGUCCCCGCGGGUGCUGGGGGAUGUGGCAGCACGAGGGUUCCCUGUGACCCCUGAGCCAGGGAGGGAGCCCCAGGGUGCUGGGAAUGAGGAGGAAACCUUUGACAUCCGGGCAUCAGUCUACAGGCUCCAGGCCAGCAUGAGGCUGGAGGCUGGUGAAGGACACCUGAGCCUCAGCUCUGAUGGUGGCCAGAGGCACCUUGUUCCCUCUCCAUGGACAGAGAAGGAGGAGGUGGCCUCUGGCUCAGCCCUGCCACCCCCAAAACCUCCCAGGUGGUUUGCAGCCACUGGUGGCAAGGAGGAUGAUGAUGAUGAUGUAGAUGAGGAGGAGGAUGUUGGAACCCCCCGGAGGGGAGGUGUGGUGGGCAUGAAGGCAGAUCUGGAGGUGCUGGGGAGCUGUGGGAGCACUGAGGCCCCUGUCCUGGUGUCCCCUGAUCCACCUGCACUGGGAAUGGACAUAACUGCAGCUGGGAGCCAGUUCCUGGUGUCUGAGGAUGCUGAAUCUGCCCCUGCGGAGUCGGGAGAUGAUUCAGGGGUGAAAGGGGACAUCUCCCUGGAGGAAGGUGACACAGAUGCAGCUGAGCACUUUGAGACUUGCCCAUCCAAGUUCUCCCUAGAUGGAUUAAGCCCCUCGGGUGCUAAGGAGAGCUGGAGCCAGCCAGGCUCAUCCCCUCUGCCGGGGGCUCCAGAUGGUGCCAGGUGGGAGAUGGCCUCCAAAGAGGAGCUGUUCCCUGAGGACCUCAGUACAUCAGGACCAAACCCACCUUCCAAGCUUGACCUGGGCCAGGCAGAAACCUUCUGGACAGCUCUGGAAGAGCAGGAGGCAGCGGGUCCCCCCAAGGGGGCACAACCCCAAAGGUUAGCAUGUGGGGAGAGACCACCCCAGCCUGAGCCAGCGUGGGGUGAUGGUCAGGGGUGGCACGGGCCACUGGCCAGCCCCGUUGGGCAAGCAGGAGACCAACCUCAGCUUUGUGACCCCGUGGCAGUGGCAGAGCAGGGCAGACCCCUCCCCGGGCAGCCCCAGGGGCCGUGGCGCCGAUGCCACGGGAUGGACUUCAGGAAGGCUGAAUUCUGGAAGCCAGAUAGGGAGGAGGAGAAGCAGGAGCAGGACACUUCAUCCCCAAGAAAUCCCUUUGCUCCAGCACUCAUCCCAAACACUCCAACCAAUCCCUUUGUGGAGAAGCCACCAGCCCCCCUCCCUGUCCAAGCUGUGCUGCCUGAAAAGCUUGGCCACGGAGACUCCGGCAUCACCCGGGAAGCCCUUGGGUACCAAGGCUUCCAGCCCACUAACCUCCCCAAAGACCCGCUAGCCAAGCCUCCUCCUGCCCUGCAUGCCAGCCAGCCCUUGGCCUUCUCCACCCCUUUCCUUGUGGCUGCCACUAACCCUCCAGAGUUUGAUUUCCCCUCCCCUCUCGCGUGCCCCCCCAGCAGCGGGGUCCCCGCCGCCACCAGCCGCGCAGCCGCCCAGCCCUGCCCUUUGCCGCAGUCCGGUGACACCCAAGCUUCAGCCCUCGUGGUUUUGCCCAGGGAGACACAGCCAGCUGAGAAGCCUUUUUGCCAGCAGAUGACCAGUCCUCACCCAGUGAAACCCAUCAGUGCUGCAGGGCAGGAGGUCUCCAGUGAGAAGAAGCAUCAGCACAGGUCCAGCCUGACCAUGGCUCUGAGCAAUGGCCUGGAGAAGCUGAAGACAGUCACCAGCAGCAGUGUCCAGCCUGUGGCUCCCUCCUCUCACCUGGAAAAGACAGACUCCAAGAAGUUAAAGGAUUCCCCCCAAACCCUGGACCAGUCAGCCAAGUAUUAUCACUUGACCCACGAUGAACUCAUCCAGCUCCUGCUGCAGAGGGAGAAGGAGCUGAGCAAGAAGGAUGAGCACAUCCAGGAGCUGGAGAACUACAUCGACCAGCUGCUGGUGCGCAUCAUGGAACAGUCCCCAACACUCCUCCAGAUCCCUCUGGGAGAAAGCAAGUAACCCCUGCCCUGAGACCACCAUCACCUGCCUAGAGCACUUCUGCAAUAAACACGCUGCAAAACGUCCCUGCACUCUCCCCUCCUCUUACAAGAGGGCUCCAGUGGCUUCUGAUUAGCAGGAAAGGUUCUCUGCUCCUUCCCAGCCCAAGCUUCUCCCAGUUUCUGGCUCCAGGGAACUAUAGGGUGGUGGGGUUGUCCUGCAUCCUAUGGGGAGGAGCAGAGCCUCCUUAGGUUCCUGUCCUUCUGACCAAGUGGCCUCAUCUCAGGCACUCGUGCUGCCAGUGCUUUAAGUGAUCCAUGGACUUUGGAGAGCUGGAAACAACCACCUCACCAUGUCCUCACCCUGCUGCUGCUGCUCUUCUGCCCACACUCUUCCACCUCUCCUUCCUCUGAAGUGGUGGCCCCUGGCUGGUGGAUGGGGGAAUGAAUGUUGGGUGAUGACACCAGAGCUGCUGGAACUCAGCAAGGGUCUGCCAGGCUCAGCAGGGGAAGGGGCUGCUGUUGGGUGCCCCUUCCCCUUCCUGAAUGGAAGGGUCUCCAUCUGAAGAGUUGUGCCACUGCCUGAUGCUAUGGGAGACACCACAGAGCCAGAGCUGGAGGCCCACGAAGGACCUGGGUGAUGUCACUGUGUAACUACAAGUGGUGGUGCCUCCUUCCUCCUGUGCACCUGGAGCCAAGACCUUGCCUCAGCUCUCCAGCUCCAAACUCAACCUGGCAAAGGGACAGUGAUGGUUUGUGCAGCAUCACUUACUGCAGGACAUCUCACAGGGGGAGGAAUUCCUGUAGGUAUAAACCACAGCUGCAGUUUGUUCAGUGUUACACUCCCCAUCUCCUGAAUCCAUAGGAACUGGAUUCCUCCCCUGGCCACCACACCUCCCCCCUCCCUAAACCCUUGACUUGGUGUCCAUCUUUCUCCAUGCAACAGGAAAAUGCCAUGAGGACCAAAGCUCCUGUGAAGGGAAGGACACCUGACCUACCUGGCCACCCCUAGACAUGACAUCCUGCUGGGCCAGGUGUCCCUCCAGCCCUCCCUGCCAAAAUUCAGCAGUUCUCUAAAUGUCACAGACCCCCUUCAAGCCAGUAUUAUCACCAAACACAGCUCCAGCUGUCCCUCCUCUACGUCCUGGUGUUGGGUUGUUGUUGUUGUACACCAACAGCCUGUGGGGGUUGUAGACCAUUUCCCAUGGGAAUUGGAUGCUUCCUGCAGCUAACCAUGGAGUGACCAGCUGGAGGGCUCUGACUGACCUGGUUAAACAGCCACAGGUGGUGAGUGAUGCUCCAAGCCAUGAUGGAGCAGAGUGCAGAUCUUGGUGUGGAAAUCCUGUGGAAGGUGUGGAAAAGCUGCUGGAUUCUCCCUCAUUCUGCAGGGUUUGGGACAGAGGAGGUGUCUGUGGAGGCAGAGGGGCAGCUGGCAUGGGACUCAAGCUGUGGUGACAUGUAAGGCAUCUUCCCUCUCCUGUAUCUCUCCCAGGUUUACUGCAUUCUUUUCAAGCCUUUGUGUUCUUUUCUCCUCACUUCUUCAUUGUGACUUGGAAAAAAAAAAUGUGCCUUUUGCAAGAGAACAGUAGCAGUUUCCUACCACAAAAAAGGCUCUGAAAUCCCAUUCUCAGUUCAGCACAACCCCUCUGGGGCAGCUUUCCCUCUCUUCCCUGCUCCUCUGAACUGGAGGAGUUUCUUUUUCAAGGCAGACAGAGCAGAGUGCAGGUUGCUUUUGGUCUCCUCUCCCUUGUGUGAUGUUGAGAUAUUGAGGGAUGACACAGGGGGAAGAGGAGGUCAAAUAUUCCAGGACAAAAGGCAGUUUUAGGUCAUGUUCCAGGUUGGAGAAGCAGGCUGUGGGGUGGGAGCUGGGAAGGAGGUUUGGUCUUCCUGUCAUUGACAACGUUGGGUUGUGUCCAGCCUGUAGUAUGAGGAGGAGGAGGAGGAGGAUUUGUUACCUGGUUAUGAGCCUUUUGUUCCUUGUAGGAAGUCAGCUGAGGUUUUGCACUUCUUUACCAAUGUCUUUGUGCUCCCCCUCCCUCUGUGUGUCUCGGGUGUGGGGACUUCAUGUGAGGGAAGGUGUUUCUCCUUGUUGAAAAGCACCAGAAACCUCUCUUUGUCUGUAGAACCAGAAGAUGCCAUGGCCUGAGAGCUGGUUUCUUUUACCUGGGCACAAAUCUCCUGCAGAGCAGCUCUCCCUGGCACCUGGAGGUGGGCAGCUGGAGAGAGCAGUGCUCCAGAAGAGGAGCAUUGGGUGGGAUGGAGAAGGUGGGAGAAGGGGCAGUGGAGCCUCACAUCAGGCUGUGUGCAUGGAGCCAAAAUCCCAGGCUGGUUCUUCACUCCCUAAAAAGAAUCCUGUCUGCUUGUGGGGCUUCUCCCCCGGCAGCCGUCGGCGUUGUAGGUGCUCCCCACACACACAAGUGCCAAUGUUCCUGAGGAUCUUGCUGCACCUCCUCCCUGCUCCUCCUCCUCCUCCUCUUCCAUCGUGUUUCACCGCCUCCCUGAUCCCCUCUCUGCCUUAGUCAGCUCUGCCUUUUUGGUUUUGUUUCUCUUCCAAGCUCGACUGUUUUGCACUUUAUGAAUCCAAGUUAAUCUCGGAGCUCCGGCAGCCCCGCUGGGUGCUUGGUCUCCUCAGCAAUACCUGUGUCCUCCUCUGCCCUGCUUCCACAUGGUCCCCCAGCUCCCUCCCUAAAAACCUGGACUUUGGGAGGGCUGAGCAUCUCCAGAGGACGAGGUGAGGGUAUGGCACCACACAUUUAUGGAGUAAAAUCCAAGUGGUAAUGCCAGCCAAAGCUGCUCUGAUGUUUCGUGUCUGUCCUCGAGCGCUGAGAAGUCCAGAGGUAGCUCCAAAGGAGGACCCGUGCUUAGCAAAAGGGGUCUUCAGGAUUCUUCUGUCUUCCUUCUCUGUUUUCCCACCCUCCAGUUGUGUUGUUUUCUUCCCCCUCACCUUUAUUUUCUGCAGAAGAGCAAGCUUGGCCACACCACGGCACUGCAGCCAGAGUCUGUGUAAUUCUUUUUGUUUAAACCUUGAAGUUAGGAGAGGGAACUGGUCCUGAGCACCUGGACGUUUCCUUACAGGGGGAGAACGAGAAAAAGAACUGGGGGAAAUGGUCUCAAGUUGCUCAUGCCCCAAAUCUCCAUGGUUUUAGUAAUUUAUUUGCAAAAACAAGGAGGCAAGCCCCAGCUCAGGGUGCAGGGACAGAGCCUGGGGGCUGUUGCUCUUUGCUCAGCAGACGGGGGGGUUUAAUGGGCCAGCAGCAGCUUUUCCCAUGGUUCUGCUUCAGACCCAGCUGUAGCAAUUAUUCCAUUUUUUCUUUUGCCUCCUGGUCUGGCUUUCUCCUUCCAGGCUCAGCCUGUUUCACGAGGUCUUCCACAGGGUGCUGCUGCUGCUCACAGCCGUGCUCAGCUUUUGUAGUCAGCCCACAACUGGGCUUCUUGCUUUAAAAAC